CAAACAUACAUUUAGGGAAAACAAAUUCAUCUUUUUUUUUGUAAGUUCCCUAUUUUGUAUUCUAUAGUAUUUACCAUUAAGAGCUGCUAAAAAAUUCGGACAUAUGUUGCGUCUGAUAUAUAUAUAUUAUGGAACUCUCCUUCCCGGUUGGAACACCUUGAGGGCCUUUGGCCAUGGACAACGGCACUUCAUCGAUCUCUGGCUAAAAUACUGGGUGAUCUACGCACUGCUGCAGGCAUUUGGUGUCUUCACUGAUUUUCUAAUAGGUGGACUGAAAUUCUACGGCGCUCUCAAGCUAAUCCUGUCCAUAUGCCUCUGGUUUAGUGCCCCUUACAGCACCAAUCAGCUAUUUAAUAUAAUCAAGAACUACAUUAUGGGUAUGUUAGAGCCAAUCUUCGAUCAAGGUGAUCGCUGGCAUCAAACACUCGGAAGGAAUCUUUUCCGCAGUCUUAUACAAACGCAACUGGUGAAAACAAUCAUGCCAAAGAAUCAGGAUGAGCAGAUAAAAAGACCCCGGGUGAAUGACCAUCUAUUAAAGCGAGAGCUUUCCAAUCUCAUGGCCGAAAUCGAAAGGGAUCAAGCCGACCAAUGCCAGCAGCGGUGUCAUCAAGCAUACAAUUUGGACAGACUGGACCGUGAUUCAAUGCACAAUGUCAUCGAGUAUCUAUCCCAAAGAAUAGGGGAUCAAGAAGAGAAAGCAUAUCCACCUCGUCGAUACAACAGCAGAAUCCACUAAGGUCAUACCGUGUAAAUUCUUGAACUCUAGUAUUGUUUGUUUUUAUGCCCUUGCAAAAGUCACUGAUUAAAUGCGGAAUCUGAUCUGAUCGGAUUAUCCGAAAUCUAAAA